GGCUCGCGGCCCGAGGGGGCGCCCGCCAGCGCGGGUUCAGGGCCGCCCGCCAGCCGGCCCCUCGGGGCUGGCGCUGGCGCCAGGAAGCCGCCGCCGCAGGGGUCCGCGCCCCAGCGUGGAGGGGGCCCGUCUGCGGCGCCCGCGACGGCGGCGGCUGCGGGGCAGAGGUCGGCGUCGGCGCCUGGGACGAUGCAGGCCGACCACAAGGCCUCCGCGGCCGCCUCGGCGGCUGCAGCCGCCGCAGCGGCCGCCGCAGCGGCCGCCGCAGCGUCCGCGGCCGCCGAAGCCGCAGCAGCGCACCGCCGAGACGGCGGGGCGGGCUCGCAGCGACGGGGGCGGACUGAGUGCCCAGAGGUCGUGGACCUGUCUACGGACACCAGUUCUGGAAGCUCCAGCAGCCGCGAGUGCAGCCCAGGUGGCCAGCCGCAAGACUCUGGCGGAGAGUUCAGCAGCGGCAGCAGCGCCAACGAGUACGCCGAGGGGCUCGGGUGCGCGGACCACCACCGCGGUCGCUUCGGCACAGGUGGCGCGGACCUCGAGUUCGAGUUCGAGUACGAGCAGCGGCCGCGCGAGGAGUACUUCGAGCAGCCCCGGCGAUACCGGCCCCCCGCCAGUGACUGCGCGCCAGUAGGGCGACGCAGCUUCCGCGAGGCGAUCAGGGGGCUCAGUGACACGGGUGCAUUGCGGAGCUUGGAGCGCCUCGAGGCGGCACGCGCCGCGGGCCAGGGGGACGAGCGGCAGCGGCGGCCCGUCGGCGCGGAGUGCCAGGAGCGUGUCCGGCCUGCCGAGCCUCUCCAGUCGCCGGACCCCUCGCGCCUGCAGAACCGCGACCGGGCCCUGGCCAGCCUGCGCAGGCGGCUGGAGCUUCGCGCGGAGGCACGGCAGCAGCCGUGUGCGCGCCAGCAGGCCCCCGCGGCGCCCACCCGCCUGGCGGCUGAUGCCACCGCAGGCGCGGGCCCCCGCGUGACCCCACGGUCGGGCGCGGAAGUGCCGGGUGCGCCGGCGCCCGCGCGUCCGCGGGCGCCGCCGGCGUCGGCCGACGAGGGAGCCGUCGCCAUGCUCAGGACGGCCGUCGUGGACCUGGGCCUGGUGAGGCAGCGCUUCGAGUCCGGCUUGCAUUUCGACACGGACGUCGCAAAGGCGCUAGGUGUCUUCGAGAGCCUGCGGGGGGUCGCGAUGACCGAGACGCUCCUCCGGGCGAGCAAGAUCGGCGCACCUGAACCAGAAGGCGUGGCGCCGCAACAGGUCCAAUCUCAUCGCCACGGAGAGCUCUGCGCUGGUGAGGCUGUGGCGCAACACCGUGUACGCAGAGCGAGGGAAAGUGCCCAAGGAGCGGCGACCGCGAGGGUGAGCCGCCGCUGCGAGGGCCGCGCGGGCGCAGCGCGGGGCGGGCCGGGGGCGGGCCGUCUCCCAUGCGGCGCUGCGGGGGGAGAGAGGCUGAGAAUGCCCAAUAGGAUGGGCACGUUUUCUCUUCGCUCCCCCGCAGCGUAUUAGCGCGCGUGCAAGACGCGCGCGAAUUGCAAGGUAGCGUAAUCUCAGGCGCUUUGCGGCUUUCCAGCACCAUGUCCCCCGCACAUGCCGAUUCUCUGUUACUCUGCACUUCUCAUCUGUGUCCCUCCUGCUGCUCUCCCUGCUCCACCGGAGACGAGGCCGCACGCUCGCAAGGGCCUCGGAGGUGGCUGGCCGAUUUGUGCUACGAAGCCGAGCGCAUUGAUUUGCUCCCGGGGGCCGUGGUGUACAGGAUCGCAGACUAGCUGAAGGGUAGGCCCUCGCCAUGGACGCAAAAGUGCUCGGCUCUGCCGCCAACGUGCCGCG